AUGUCUUCGGUGAAGAAACAAGUCCGCUUUAGCGAGCAGGAUGGAAGAAACACCUCAUUAAGUCAAACUUUAACUCUGCGACAUAUUGAGACGCCAAAUUCUGACACUAGCUCCCGAAAUAUCAGGAAAAAAAAGGGACGGAGAAAGACUAAACUUCAGCUACUCAAAGCCGAAAAGAAGAAGCUACAAAGGGAUUUAAAGAAUACCAAGGAAGGUAUUUUGGAAGAUAGUGAAAGAAAGGCAAGCCCGUUAUAUACUCCUUAUGAAAGCAGACAGAGACUCGCUCGCACUGCGAGUGAAACGUUGACCAAGCUUCAGCAAAUGCAAGGAAAAAUUGUAACGAAGGAAAAGACAAAUAAAUUGAAAGUUCAGCGAAAAUUGAGCGCUAAGUUACAAAAAAGAUCCAUCAAAGCUGAUAAGCAACACAGCCGGAUCAUCAAAAUGACUUCAAGGAUGGAGCGAAUGAAACUAGGAGAAGAGGAACUGCGCGCUGAGAUUGACAGAGAGCUGAAAGAAGGAGCGACUUAUACGCCUACUGAUUCAACAGACGCAGAAUCUAGUCCAGUUCGUUUACCUCGCAUUCGCUCAGCUGAUUCAGCUGACUGGAUAAAGCUUUCAAGUUUACCUGAGCCCAGAAUAGAUAAUGAAGAUAAAGACUCUAGACCUACCUCUGUGUUGAGUGAUUUUGCAAUUCAGCUGACUCCAAGCGAGAAGAGGAUUGCGGCAGACAAGCUUGCUCAUAAGUACGAUAUGACACGUGAGCUAAGAAACGCAAUUCAUGAACACAUGAUAUCGCGCUCUUAUAGUUUUUCAUAUUUCAAUAUCAUUCCGCCGUAUAAGAGGAAAAAGCCUAAACCACAGAAAACGAGGCAAGUCUUUAACCGUUUGGUUUACGAGGACAAAAUCGGGGUUAUGGAUUUUAGAAAACUGCAACCGAAAAAAGUGGUUUUAAGCUCCUAAUAAGUUACCGUAAGAAAUGCCUUGCAAAACUUACAGACAAUUCCUACGUAAGAUCGUUUGUAUUUAAACAGAAAAAACCUCCUAUCAAAGAGGGAGGAGGAGAUUAACUUGCUGUUCCAAGAAUACAUACUGUUCUACUAAUUGUAGUCAAAAAAGCCGUAAUUGGAUGUAUCCAUUAAUUCCUCGCCGAGUUUGCUCAGUUAACUUUUUAGAGUUCUGAAAUUAGCCUUUAUGAUGAUAAAUUCUCU